UGCCAGCUCUCCAGAGACCACGCCAGACCACAACAGAAACCACUAACCGAUCGUAUUGGUGUUACCCGAAACCCAGAGCCUUCAAAACGGCAGCCACAAUUUCCAGCGCAGGACUGGGAGACAUCGCCGCGGGAGCCAAUCCGUACGCUGAUCUCCACCAGCAUUCGCAUCAUACGCAUCCGCAUCCUCAUCCGCACUCGCAUCCGCAUCCACAUCCACAUCCGUUCGCUAGUGCAGCACCCCUGACCGCCACCGACGGCUUCAAGCUGCGCUCCGAGGAACCGGUGCCGGGCUUCAGCUCGGCCUCCCCCUGGCCCACCCUGGAACUGGGCAUGGACUGGGGCCGGAAGCUCUAUCCGAGCGCCGUCUCCGGCCCCCGAUCCGCCGGAGGUCUGAUGUUCGGCCUUCCGCCCACCGCCGCCGACAUGAACCAGCCCCGGGGACCGAUGACCUCGCUCAAGGAGGAGCCCCUGGGCAGCCGGUGGGCCAUGCAGCCCGUCGUGGAUCAGAGCAAUUUGGGCAUCGGCCGCGCCCACUUUGAGAAGCAGCCGCCCAGUAAUUUGCGAAAGUCGAACUUCUUUCACUUCGUGAUCGCUCUCUACGACCGAGCUGGGCAGCCCAUUGAGAUCGAGAGGACGGCCUUCAUAGGAUUCAUCGAAAAGGACUCGGAGUCGGAUGCCACCAAGACGAACAAUGGUAUCCAGUACCGAUUGCAGUUGCUCUAUGCCAAUGGAGCCCGCCAGGAACAGGACAUAUUCGUGCGCCUUAUCGACUCAGUAUCCAAGCAGGCCAUCAUUUAUGAGGGACAGGACAAAAAUCCCGAAAUGUGUCGAGUUCUGCUAACGCACGAGGUGAUGUGCAGCCGCUGCUGUGAUAAAAAGAGCUGUGGUAACCGCAACGAGACGCCAUCGGACCCCGUCAUUAUUGAUCGAUUCUUUCUCAAGUUCUUCUUGAAGUGCAACCAGAAUUGUCUAAAGAAUGCCGGCAACCCGCGGGACAUGCGCAGAUUCCAGGUGGUCAUCUCCACACAAGUGGCCGUUGAUGGACCAUUACUGGCCAUCUCCGACAACAUGUUCGUGCACAAUAACUCGAAGCACGGACGAAGGGCCAAGCGGCUGGACACCACGGAAGGUACAGGCAACACAUCCCUGUCCAUUUCCGGUCACCCCCUAGCGCCCGACAGUACCUACGAUGGAUUGUAUCCACCUCUCCCAGUGGCCACGCCCUGCAUCAAGGCCAUCUCGCCCAGCGAAGGCUGGACCACCGGCGGCGCCACGGUCAUCAUUGUGGGUGACAACUUUUUCGACGGCCUCCAGGUGGUGUUCGGGACAAUGCUGGUGUGGAGCGAGCUGAUCACCUCACACGCCAUCCGGGUGCAGACUCCGCCGCGGCACAUUCCCGGCGUGGUGGAGGUCACGCUCUCCUACAAAAGCAAGCAGUUCUGCAAGGGAUCCCCCGGACGCUUCGUCUAUGUCUCAGCUCUCAACGAACCCACAAUCGACUACGGUUUCCAGCGCCUGCAAAAGCUCAUUCCCCGUCAUCCCGGAGAUCCAGAGAAGCUUCAAAAGGAGAUCAUCCUAAAACGGGCAGCCGAUCUGGUCGAGGCUCUCUACUCCAUGCCGAGCAGAUCCCCGGGCGGUUCAACGGGCUUCAAUUCGUAUGCCGGCCAGCUGGCGGUCAGUGUUCAGGACGGCAGUGGUCAGUGGACCGAGGACGACUACCAACGCGCCCAGUCGAGCAGUGUGAGUCCACGGGGCGGAUACUGCAGUAGCGCCUCCACGCCGCACAGCUCGGGAGGAUCUUAUGGGGCAACUGCGGCCAGUGCAGCAGUGGCAGCCUCCGCCAAUGGAUAUGCACCCGCUCCGAACAUGGGUACACUGUCCUCCUCGCCCGGCAGUGUCUUCAAUUCCACGUCAAUGUCCGCCGUGUCGUCGACGUGGCAUCAGGCGUUCGUGCAGCACCAUCAUGCGACGGCCGCCCAUCCACACCACUACCCGCAUCCCCACCAGCCGUGGCACAAUCCGGCCGUGUCAGCAGCCACGGCGGCGGCCGUUUAAGCGUUUCGGGAGCGUCCGGAGGAUCUGAGAUGGGGGAGAAGAAGAAAGGCCAACGAGGAGUAACGACAUUUUGUUGAAAUUAAAUGCUGCCCCCAGAAUCACGCCCUCGCGCCACCCAACCGCCAUCAGCACCACCCACACCCAGAAACGCACUGUAGUAGCCAGACACAAUCUAUCAAUCUGCAAGGACAUCCGAGGGUGUGUGGGGCAGGUGAUUCAAAAGCUGAGCAUUCAAAACACACAUCCACACCACAGACAACACACAAUUACGGGGUCAGCAGCCUGAGUUUCAAUCCCUUCGCCCUGCCCACCUGCAAUACCCAGGGCUAUAGCACCAGUCAGCUGGUGACGUCAACCAAAUAAUAUUACUACUAAAUGAGGCUAUUGGCAGGCCACCACCACCACCACCACCACAACUCCCCCGAUCACCACCUCACGAGAUGACCGAGUUCGCCCCGCCAAUCAAAAGAAGCUCGAAAGUGCAAUAAAAAACAGAAAAUGGUUCCAAAAUUCAAAAAACUCGAUCGAUAUAGUUGUAAAUGUUUAAAAAUUGAUGCCCGUUAUUUUUAAUUUUAUUUGAGUUUUAAAAAUACUUAUACAUAUAGAAUACCAUAUCAAUGUAAUGAGAAACAUAUGAAAAGGGGAGGCAUAUCAUGCAAUGGGGCUCAGGAUCGGGCAAUUAAACAGAAAUAAUUAUUGAUUAAACCCACAUCAUGUAAAUACUAUCAAAAUAAAUAUAAAGCCUAAUUAUAAUCGGGAAC